GGUUUUCUCUCCAGCUUGGGCUCCGACCGACGACACUCGCUGCCUGCGUGCUGACUCUACACGCCCGCAUCCGGUGUUCCAGACCAGGGAUCCUCCAAGUCUUUGAAAGUCUACAAUUAUACGUGUCCUGAUAGUUCGCAAUCAUGUUACUAAUCAGUACAACCGCGAUUUUCGCGGUUCUCUUCGUCUGCGACGCGGUUCCGACACCGACAAACAAAGAUGGUGGUCCAAUUGGUGAAUUGCCUGAAAAUUGGGAUCAAACCAAAGAUGACACGCAAUCCCUGUUCCUGAAUAAGAGCGACAAGAAUGAUCUGGAACCCUAUCCGUUAGCCCUCAGCGAAGAAGUUACCUACCGUCUUGCAGGCAACUCGGAAGGCUUUGAGCAAGGAGUGGAUCAGCGCUUUGACGCGCCCCAGUCAACUGGAGAGUUGGAUAAUCUCAUCAUGAGACCCGAAUUGUAUGGCGAGCCCCCGGCAAUGGAGGGCUUGUCGCCCGGCUACGAAUCGCGACGACGCAAACGCGGCAGCGGCACCAAAGUGGGUGGGGCCGGUGCUGCUACCAAAGUGGCUACGAAGAAUGGUUCUGGCAAGAAGAACCUAAAGCCUGAAGAUCAUGAGGCGCUCUCCCCGGUAGAAGCAGCUUCUCCCGAGCACGACGCCGCUCAUCGCCGCAAGCGAGGAAGUGGAAGUAAAGUCAGUGGAGCUGCCGCUUCUGCUAAAACUGCUACUAAGAACUCGGGUGGAAACAAGAAGAACUUCAGGCCUCUAUCGGAACGCCGUAAACGCGACUCUGGUCUUAGCGCUGCUGAUGUCCGCGCUCUCCUGAACCUGUGGGAAGCCCAGGAGCGUAGGAAGCAAGAGUACAACAACCAGUGGGCUGCUGAUCACUACUAUGGCCGCAUGAACGGAGCCGACGAGGAUCAACCUGAAGUUGACGAGAAUGGAGACAUCUGGUACAACGAGCCUGUAGUCAUCGGGCCGCGUGAACGUGACUACCCUCACCACUCUUACUUCUCGGAGCAGAAUCGCAUGGCUUUAGCUCGCGGCUACCCUGACAUGUACCAAGUCGACCCCAAUGAAUUGGCUCAGAGGUAUGAAGAGGCUCGUCGCAAGAGGCAAUACGCUAACAAGGUGAAGAGAUUCAUGGUCGCCAGGAAACGCUCUGAUGGAAUGGCCCAUCAGAACAAUUACAGGCCUAGGGAUGACUUGUACACGCUGGCCGAGCUUCUGCGCUCCGCGCCGCGAGUACAAGAGCAGGACAUUCCAGUGUAUCGGCGACUGAUACUGUAAACCAGUCACUUGAAUAGAGGCGUCCGUUCGCCACAUCCUGCGCGUUAUUACGCUAUCAAGUAACAAUGGCUCUACACCAAUAAAGAACUGAAUAAAGCUAAAACGUAGCAGGAUCACAGUCGGAUGGACGUCCAUCGUGGCCAAAUUUGGGGUGGAAGAUUGUCGCGCAUUUAAUUCGCAGUUUAUAGCGGAUACCUACCAGAUUAGAAAUUAUAGGACAAUUAGUAUAAGUUCCGCCAUCUAAACCAUUUUUCGUCUAUACCCUUCAUACCUUUUUGGAGAGGCCUAAAUGAAGAUAACCAUCGAUGGAAACCGAGAUGAAACGAU